GCACAAAUUUCUUUUCUUGACAUCUUUUUAGAGGUGAAAAAAAAAAAACAGGAUCAGGGCCGCAAUGAGUCUCUCAGCGAAAGACAAAAGCGUCGUCAAAGACUUUUGGGCCAAGGUCGCUCCAAAGGCUGAUGAAAUUGGCGCCGAGGCACUUGGCAGGCUUUUCGAGGCCUUCCCUCAGACAAAGACCUACUUCAGUCACUGGUCUGAUCUUCACCCCGGAUCAGAUCAAGUGAAACAUCACGGAGGUGUAAUUGCAAAGAAAAUUGGAGACGCUGUUGCCCACAUCGACGAUCUUCGCGGAGCUCUAAGCUCACUCAGCGACCUGCACGCUUUCAAGCUCCGUGUUGACCCUGCUAAUUUCAAACUCCUGGCCCAGACCCUCGAGGUGAGCAUUGCCUUGUACUUCCCCAAGGAGUUCACCCCCGAAGUUCAAGUGUCUUUUGACAAGUUUCUUCAGAACGUGGCCCUUGCUCUGUCUGAGAAGUACCGCUGAAUAAAGUACGAGUUGGAGAAGACAUCAUGGAAAAUUACAUCCAUAAAUGAUAUUGACAAUAAAAAUAAUUGAACAAUACACAA